GUGGGCGGAACUGAAAGAGCGCGGGAAAGGCAGUGUAAUGGCGCGGUGAUAGCUGUUACAGUAUUUGUCAAUUUCAAGCCCGGCUGAAAGUAACCAUUGCAGCGCCAGAUCACAAGCACUGAGUCGCCAGUCAUUUAGUUAUUGAUUAACUGGAAUAUAAGGGUUGGGUUGGGGUGGGGUGAAUUGUGAAGAUGGACAGUUUCCAGAAAGUGGAGAAGAUAGGGGAAGGGACGUACGGUGUGGUUUAUAAAGCCAAAAACAAAGAUACGGGAGAAGUGGUGGCCCUGAAGAAAAUCCGACUUGACACGGAAACUGAGGGUGUGCCGAGUACAGCAAUACGAGAAAUCUCCCUCCUCAAGGAGCUGAACCAUCCCAACAUAGUCAAGUUGCUUGAUGUCAUUCAUACGGAGAAUAAACUCUAUUUGGUCUUUGAGUUCCUGCACCAGGAUCUGAAGAAGUUCAUGGACGUCUCCUCGGUCACUGGGAUCCCGUUGCCACUCGUCAAGAGUUACCUAUUCCAGCUGCUGCAAGGGCUCGCAUUCUGCCACUCUCACCGGGUGCUUCACCGUGACUUAAAGCCCCAGAACCUGCUGAUCAAUGCCGAAGGUGCAAUUAAGCUCGCUGACUUCGGACUAGCGCGAGCUUUCGGGGUGCCUGUUCGCACAUACACCCACGAGGUUGUCACGCUGUGGUAUCGUGCCCCUGAGAUCCUCCUGGGAUGUAAAUAUUACUCCACCGCAGUCGACAUCUGGAGUCUUGGCUGCAUCUUUGCAGAAAUGAUCACAAGGAGAGCCUUAUUCCCUGGAGACUCUGAGAUUGAUCAGCUGUUUCGCAUAUUCCGAACCCUUGGAACGCCAGAUGAUUCCAUCUGGCCAGGAGUGACAUCCAUGCCUGAUUACAAGCCCACAUUUCCAAGGUGGAUUCAACAGGAUCUUAGUAAAGUGGUCCCCCCUUUGGAUGAAGUUGGCAGGGAUCUGUUGGCGCAAAUGCUUCAGUAUGAUCCAAGCAAGCGCAUCUCGGCAAAGAGUACCCUGUCCCAUCCUUUCUUCCAAGAUGUGACCAAACCUGUCCCUCACCUUCGAGCUUAAAAUUCAGCUGAUCAAUUGCUGCUCUGAAAAGUCUGAGAAGUCUCUCGGAGGGAACUGACGAAGGUGUCUAUUCUCAUACUGUCUGCCCAGUCUUUCUUCCCAGAAGUGCCAAAGAUCCAUUUGUUGGCCACUAACAUCUUUUGAGCUUUUAUUUACAAAUUCUAUCCGAUCUUUGUGAACAUUCAAAUUUAACAUUUUUUAUAUUGAAGUAUUUUUUAUAUUCCUUCGAUAAAUGGAUGACCUCCAGUUAGCCUACCUCAUGGGACUAUAACUAACACAGUUUGAUAGCUUCUGGAAAGUGUCUGUGAAUCCAUUGUAAUACGGAGAGACAGAAUAAUUGUGCAGUUGUGCUUUAGUUCUCUGUUCCUAAAGUAUGCUAUGAUUAUUUUGACCCAUUAACCAAAAUACUAUUUAUUUUAAGAACUGACAUCCUUUCAUCUAAAAGAAAACUAAUCUCCAUUAAAAAAAAUGGCCUAAUGGUGCAGAGAUGCAAAUCUCCAUCUUUGAGCUACACAAACCAAGAAGCUCAUAGUUUGAGUCUUCACAUUUUACUGAUUUCAGUUGGGAAAGGUUGGGAAAGAUGAAAAGGCCAUGAUUUCACUUCCUGGUUACUAUCCAACAUACCUCACUGGCAGUUUGCACAUAGGAAUAGAUAAUAACAUGAAUGCAGUACUCCCCACAGUGGGAUGUUUAACCAACAUUCAUUGUCCAGUCUGGCUUGUGAAGAGUGGCCUUUCAGACAAGGUAGAAACUGCUCAGUGAGCUUGAAGAGUGAGUGGAGAGGAGAGUAACAAUUAAGUUUAUUGAAUAACCAAAAUAGACUGUGCUGUAGGUCAGUUGUAAAACUAAGCCACAAAGAAAUCUGGUGCUAAAUUAGCUCAUCUUGGCCAGUUUUGCAGUGAGUUCACAGUAAUUAACCACAGUUUUACUGGGCGAGGAAAGAGGUAGGAAAGUUGGCCUGGGCUUGGUCACCACAUGGGUAUCUCCAGCAGAAAAAGUGUUUGUGUGAAUGUCUGGUGAAUAUUGGGUGAAGCAUGUCAAGAAAGGAGAGGGAUGGGGAUUGAUGGAUAGUUUGUUCAUCAAAAGACAAAGGUAGAUUCCUCAAGAUUACAUAGAUAAUACUUUAUAAGAAUUGAUUAGACCAGUCAUGUGUUCACCUAGCAGAUUUAUAUUGUAGUUGUAGCAGGUAGUUAUGGUUAGUCAGGAUGGUCACUUUAGAUUACUACACCAUGAUUAAGUCAGUCCAAUAAUAUAGAUUUGAGGUGCUUUUGUCUCUCCCUGUAGGAAUGUGACUGCUGUCAUUCAGUCAUGAAACAACUGCUGAUACUUGAGGGAUAGACUGUGCUGUAGGUGCAGAUGGUGAAUCGAUCCUUCUCUUUCUUGGUGGUCUUGGUCGUGACUCCAGUUGGGAUGUUGGCACAAUUUCAAGGAGCAAAUACUGGUCUAGCGUUAGUGAAGAAUUCUGAAAGGAAUAGAGAAAGCACAUGUAACAAGCACGGUAAAUAAAGAGGAUAUUGAUCUGCACAAAGGAUCCAUAAGCUAAUGGUCAGAUACUAAAAUUGCAUGAAGUUUCUGAAUUGUCUGGCCUUUAAUUCCUGUUAAUUUACUUUGGGUUGAAUCUACAGUUCCACAAAAGCUUAAUUAGAACUCUACAACUUAAAGUGUCACUUCAAGAUAAUAUAGAAAUGUGCAUUUUUGAACUUUUGUAACUUUUAAUCUGUUGUAUGUAACUUCUACUCAUCUGCAUAAGGGCAAUUUUCCAGUGUUUUGAGACUGGUUAUAAAUAUUAUUAGCUUUACACAAGCUCACCUGAAUUCUUAUUGAAGUUUAACCAGCACGGUGUGAGUGAACACAAUCUAACUGCUCAUUUACCUUGGGCUAUUUGUGCCCAAUUCAGCCUCCAUUAGUAGAAGAUCAAAUACUUGAGAUAAUUGGCCUAUGAUGGUGCUUUGAAUUGAGGGACAAUGUGUCUUACAACCCAAGCAUACUGGGCAAUUACAUGAGUGCACAGCCUCUGCUGUACUUUGUUGAUGAUUUUUCAAUUUGCCCAUGGUUUGGAUCCUGAUGGUCAACAAAACAAGACUUCUCCCUCAGCAUGUCAAACCCAGUAAGGUGGUAAAUAAGCUGAUGAGGAAACCAGUGAGGCCUAAAUCACUAUGUCACCUCCCUGUGACGUCUACAAAUUGUUUAAAAAAAGUUAUGGUCACCUAAUUAUUCCCGAGAUCCAACUAUGUCUUUUGGGGAAAAUCUGGGAUGCAGCAACUCAUCCCAGAGUUAUUUUCCUGCCUGUAGACCGCUAAGGAAAAAAAACAGAAUGAGAUCAUUGACAAAAUGUAUAAAGUGGUGAAGAGUCAAGAGGGCCCUUAGUGACUCAGUGGAUAAAAGUCGCUGUUCAGUAAGGAGCUGAGCAGCACAGUAGAGAAAAAAUCCCUGGUUUAGUCCUCACCUGUACUGAGUUAAAUGAUGAUGGUGCCCGGGCUAGAAAAGAGGGAUACUGCAGUAAAUUUUGUCUCUUGUUCCAUUGUAAAGUUCCCCAGCCAUCCACUCUCCCCUUGGUUCAACUUACUAACUUGUCCCAUGCUGUAGUAACUAAUCCAUUUCAGACCAAGGCUUGAGGUAUUUUAUAAAGAAACCACAAAUAACUGAGUGUAUAUUUUCAAACCUAACUGUCCAUUUUACAUCUGAAAAGAUUUAUUUAGAUUUAUUGUGCAGAUAGAAAUUAAUUAAGGAAUGUUGUAAACUCUGGUUCCCUUGGUGACCUUUUUCUGUGCUCCUCCACUUUGGGACACUGCCUGACUCUCCCACUAGCCAAAAUAGUGGUCUUAAAUGUAGUAUUUACUAUUAUCACCAACUUUUGAGUCUGGGGAUGAGCUCUGUUUGAUUUUUCUUUUAAAACUCGAGGAUUUGUGAGAUUUGCAAUUGCCAAUGUUUUAAACUUGUUGGAAAAUUAAAAAUAUUUGUAGACUAAG